UUGUUCUUCGGCGGCCUAACGGUGGUUCUGCUCACCGCCGGUCACGCCUCACCGGCGGCAGGCUACCGGAUGGGUGUGGGGCGGGCGGACUGUACCGGUCCGCCGGUCGAGAUUGGCUUCAUGGGCUACGGAGAGUUUUCGCAGCGCGGCCAGGGCAUCCACCUGCGGCAGUUCGCCCGGGCGUUCGUGUUCGAGGAGGAGGACCGGGCCGACGGACAGCGCCGCGUCGUGUUCGUCAGUGCCGAUGCCGCCAUGAUGGGACACGCGGUCAAGCGUGAGGUGCUGGCGUUGCUAGCGACGCGCUACGGCAGCGUGUACCGCUUCGAGAACGUGGUGCUGAGCGGUUCCCACAGCCACAGCGUCCCAUCCGGCUUCCUGAUGUCCACCAUCUACGAUAUCGCAUCGCUGGGGUUUGUGCCCCAGAACUUCGAUGCACUCGUCGAGGGCAUCACGCUGGCCAUCGUCCGGGCCCACGAGUCGAUGCGCCCGGGCCGGUUGUACUUGUCGGAGACGACCAUCCCGGAUGCGAACAUCAACCGGAGCCCGAGUGCGUACGAGAACAACCCGCCGGAGGAGCGCGCCCGGUAUCGGGAUUACACCGACAAGCGGUUGGUGCAGUUGCGCCUGGUGGACGAAUCGAGCGGGCAGCCCUUCGGAUCGAUCAACUGGUACGCCGUCCACCCGACGUCGAUGAACAAAACGAACCGGUACGUGUCCAGCGACAACGUGGGCUACGCGUCGGUGUUGCUCGAGCAAGACCGGAACCGGGAGCGGAUUGCGGGCCGCGGUGCAUUUGUGGGUGCGUUUGCGUCCACCAACCUGGGGGACGCUUCACCGAACCUGAUGGGGCCGAAGUGUGAAAAGACGGGCCUACCGUGCGAUAUGCUGACCUCGUCGUGUCCGUCCGGUGCCGGGUUUUGCAUCGCGUCCGGCCCCGGGAAGGACAUGUUCGAGAGCACCAAAAUCAUCGGCACACGGCUGUACAACGCGGCCGCGGAGCUGCUGGCUGCCGGUGGGGGUCGCGAGGUGACUGGGCCGAUCAAGUUCGCCCAUCAGUUCGUCGACAUGUCGCAAACGAAGGUAACGUAUGUGGAUGCGGUGUCGGGUGAGCUGAAGACGGGCCACGGGUGCUACCCGGCCAUGGGGUAUAGCUUCGGGGCGGGCACCACCGACGGGCCGGGGGCAUUCGAUUUCCGGCAGGCCCAGCUGACGGACACAGCGUUCUGGAACACGGCCCGUGACAUUCUGGGGCAACCGACGGCCGAGGACAAGCGGUGCCAGGCCCCGAAACCGAUCCUGAUCGCGAGCGGGCGGACCAAGUUCUCGUACGAGGCCCAGCCCAAGAUUGUCCCAACGCAGGUGCUGCAAGUCGGAGACUUCAUCAUGGCGGCGGUACCGGCGGAGUUCACUACCAUGGCCGGGCGGCGUCUGCGUGCGGCCAUCCGUCAAGAGGCAACCCGUGACGGAUCCGUGGCAGAACCGACCGUCGUCAUCGCGGGACUCUCGAAUAUGUACACGAGCUACGUGACCACGCCGGAGGAGUACGCCAUCCAGCGGUACGAAGGGGCUUCGACGCUGUACGGUCCACACACGCUCCCCAUCUAUCUGGAGCAGUUCCGUAAGCUGGUCCGGGCCAUCAACGCCGGGGAAAAGCUCGAGCCAGGACCGAUGCCACCGUUCGAGGACCACAAGCAGAUCACGCUCUCCACGGGAGUCGUGUUCGAUGGGCAUCCCUUCGGGUGGUAUUACGGCGACUGCAAGGUGCAACCGAAGGAAACUCCCUACCACCGGGGCGACACGGUCCGCGCGAUGUUCAUCGCUGGCAAUCCGCGCAACAAUCUGAUGCACGAGGCAAGCUACUUCACCGUGGAACGGCUACGGACCGAUGCCGAGCGGUCACUCGAGACCAACAGCGUGGAGGAGCACCAGCCCGCCGACGGCGAAUGGGAGGUGAUUGCGACGGACGCGAACUGGGAAACGAAAUUCAAGUGGUACCGACGGUCGACGCUUUUCGCGUACAGUGACAUCGAGCUGGAGUGGGAAAUCACCGACGUAGUCGAUCCGGGAACGUACCGGAUCCAGCACUUUGGCUACUGGCGCUACAUUCUGGGCGGCACGUUCCCGUACAACGGGACGACGCGAAAUUUUUACGUCGAGUAGCCGUGCUUCGGGAUCAUUUGUGCCAAUAAUACGCUAAACACGCGGACGUGGUGAACGGUCCGGGAGAGCUGCAAGCUCGAAGGAACUGUAUGCAACGCACAGUAUGAUGGGUUUACUUGGGUUGGGAUAGAGCGCGUAAGUACAUUGAAAGAGACACCUCGCCGUCGGGACCAGUGGACGGCAACACGUGAUUUCGCUAGCACACCGAUACGGUUCGAUAUUUAUACCAAAAAUUAAAAUGAUUUCCCUUCCUUCUUCAAAGCCAUGUAUGGAGUCCAGUUGUUUGGCUCUCCAGCUGUUUUGAAUGUAAAUUAGGGAUAUAUUUAUUAGGCGAUUAU